GUAAUCCAGUCCGACAGAGCAAGAUGCUGGCGCAGUGCUCCUCUUCCUUCUACCCCAAGUUUAUGGCUUCUCUCCACACCAACACCACCAAUAGCCCUAGCAGUACUCACAUUGCCAUGCCGCCGCGGCUUCAUCAGUUGCAGAAACAACGAAUCAUGAAGUCCGACAUCUUUGAAGAUCAAGAGAGUUUGUGCCUGAGACACAGCGACCGGUUGAGCCAAGUGAGGAGGAUGUUUGACGACCAGACAAGAGGAGCCAAGGAGACCUUGCUGUUCAUAGACUCCCUUCAAAAGCUCGCCAUCGACGACCAUUUCCAAGAAGAGAUUCAAGCCGAGAUGCAUUCUUUAUACGACCAGCGACUCCCCAUCUCCAAUGGCGAAGCCAGCAGCAUUGCGGAAGUGGCCCUUUUGUUCCGGUUACUGAGACAAGCUCGAUACCCUGUUUCGACAGAUGUGCUGCGCAGGUUCCAUGAUGGUAGAGGAGAGUUCAUGGCGUCUCUCAGCAAGGAGAUGGAUGGGCUGAUGAAUCUAUUUGAAGCGUCGAAUUUGAAUACUGGAGGGGAAUUAAUACUCUACAGGGCCAAUGAAUUCAGUAGCCAUCACCUCAGGUCCUACAUGGCAUCUUUGGGGCCAGAGUUUGCAGUAACUAUUGAACAUGUGCUGGAGACUCCAUCUCAUAUGACCUUGCAGAGAUUCCAAGCCAGGAAAUAUCUUGAUAGUGACAACUUCUAUCACAAUUUGCAUGUUCGUGAAUUGGGGGAGAUGGAUUUCACCAUGCUCCAGUCACUGCAUCAAAAGGAACUAAAACAAGUCACAAGAUGGUGGAAGAAGUCAGGAUUGGGCCAAGAGCUAGGGUUUGCUCGGGAUCAAUCCUUGAAGUGGUUCACUUGGACAAUGACAUGUCUACCAAACCCUAAAUUUUCAAGUUAUAGGGUUGUUCUCUCGAAGAUCAUCGCAUUUGUUUAUCUUCUUGACGAUAUUUUUGACGUGGAAGGAUCAAUCGACGAUCUCCAUCUCUUUGUACAGGCCAUUGAAAGAGUGAUCAAUUAA